CUGUCUGUGUGUGUGUCUCUCUCUCGCUCAUAGUCUCUCUCUGUCUAUCUCUAUCUCUCGCUCUCUCCCAUCCUUUGUCUUCCCCUUUUCUAAUUGUUCAUUUAGGGUUUAAUUUCGUGUUCAUUUAGAUUGUUCCUUUGUUUCCCGCUUUUCUGAUUUUUUUUUUGUUGCGGUUUCCCCCCCUCUUUUUUUUUUUUUCCCUUGGACGUUGCAAGUAAUGGGUUGCAAUGCAAGAGUUUCAAUCUCCCUUGGAUGUGCAGUGUCUCCUGUUUAUAUAUAGUUUAUUUCAGUUUCAUAGCUUCAACUUUUCUCACAACCUUUAGGUUUGGAAGCUGCUCUGUUUUAUGCCCAAAUGAUUGGAUCCCUAUAUUUUUCAUUUUGUUGAUCACUUAUGUAUUGCUCACAAGAUGUUUGACGAAAUAAUUUAGGGUUACAUACCAUUCUUAUGGAAAAACAGAGCUUCAAAUUUUAUCUUUCCAAGAUCACUAGUCUUUGACCACAAUCUUUCACUUUGACAUUGUCAUACCCAUAGCCUAGCAUUCAAAAUACUGUAAUUAUAAUUUUUUUUUGGGUACUAAAUGAUAUUCCUAUGAAUUUUGUAUUCCUUUCUUGUGAGUUGACGAUGACUGCCAUCUAUAUUGUUGUUAAUGCUGACAAUUUAAUUUGGUGAGAUGAACUAAAUUGAACAUCAUUUGAUGGGGGAGUAAUUACGGAUCUUCAUAGGGACUGAAUUUUCCCUUUUGUGUAUUUUGGUAUGGGAUGUGAACUACCUUUAUUUCUUAGUGUCUCUGAUAAUUGAAAGUGACCCUUGCUUAUAUUUCAAAUGUCAAAUCUGUUGUUGGAAGACUUGGUGAAAUUUGUGGAAGAAAUUGUAAGGCUCGAACAUGCUUCAUUUCCAAAUAAGCCAAUUUAUCUUGUGGGCAAUUCCUUUGGGGGAUGCCUAGCACUUGCUGUCGCAGCUCAUAAUCCAACCAUUAACCUGGUAGUAAUAUUAGCAAAUCCAGCAAGUUCAUUUGGCUGGUCACAGCUGCUACCUUUGUUCGCUCUCCUGGAGGCUAUGCCCAAUGAACUUCAUAUCACAGUGCCUUACCUUCUUAGCUUUGUUAUGGAUGACUUUGUUGCGUGGACUUGUGGAUAAUCCAUUUUGGUGUAUGGAGAAGAAAUUUCACUUUUGUAUAGAACUAAUAUAAUACUUUUGUCGUUCCCGGAUUUUGUGCAAUUCACUAUUACUGAUACAAAAAACUUUUGGCAGCCAACAGAUAAUUAUUGGCAUGGUACAUAGAUCACCUUCUGUCAUCGUACAUAUAUAUGACCUUUUGUCGUGGUACAUAGAUGCACUUUUGUCUUGGUACAUAC